GUGACAUUUGUCACGUCUUCCGCUACUCUUUCGUCAUACAAUGGGUCGCGCCAUCAGUGAAGACCUCAAACAUAGGAUUGUGCUCAUGUAUGAAACUGAUGGCUUGACUAUGGAAGUGAUUGCGGAGACACUGCGUGUCUCAAUUGGCCUUGUAUCGAAAGUCAUUUGCCUUCACCAACUUUAUGGACAAGUGACCAACCCUUUCGGUCAUCAUACAGGACGUCCAUCACUUCUUAAUAACGACGACCUCCAGUUCAUCUCAGCUAUCAUUCAUGCUAAUCCUGGCCUGUAUCUUGACGAAAUUCAGAACAAAUCGGCAAAUGUGUGGGACAUUCAGGUGUCAAUUGCUACCAUUGCCCGAGCUCUCCAUCAACUUGAUCUGACUCGCAAAUCAACAACUAGAGCUGCUGCACAGCGAGAUGAAGAACUUCGGACACUUGGGAAGCCGUGCUGGCCAAUUUCUCGCUUUCUCGAGACCCCAAAUACUAUCAUGAUGAGGCCAUGAAUUUCUCAAAGGGACCAGGUCUUAGGUCCGACUCUUGGCUCGGCGAGCCAAACUAAAUCUGCCGCCAGUUCACAACCCGUCAUCCAGUUACCACAUAGCAGCGGUGUAAUACCAUGAAGCUGAAUGGAUCCGUGGAAUUGUAUUCAACCCACGAAUGACAUGAUCGAUUAUACAUCAUGAUUGGCCCGGCACAUCGCUAGGUCCGGCGCUUGUAAGCCAGACCCGAGUCAGGUCUGCAGACCUGCUAAGGGCUUCGAGGGGCCUGGUUUUUGGGCCCUGGUCGGGGCUAAGCCAGGCCCGAGCCCUGGCUUUUAGGCCAAGCCAGGUCCAGAUCAUUACUACUAGUUUUAAAAACGAGGCAAGUCAACACAGUGAAGCAA